CACCUACUCAAGUGGUCACGUGAUUUUUACACACAUGACAAUAAAGACGACGCCAUUUUGUGAGAAGAAGAACAGAAGUUUUGCUCCCUUUACCCUAUAAAUAACAGACUCUUUUUUGGACUUUAAAGUUUGGCAGAAUUUUGAUUGAUUAACUUUUCAUAAUCGCCCACCCCUUUUGGUUUUGUUAUUACUACUGCUCAGACUCGCUGGAAGGAAAGUACUCUAUACUUCACUACAGAUAAUCAUAAACUCUGUCAAUUUAAAGAACUUGAAACUCUUAAAAUAUCAAAAACAAUUUUGGCUGAAUUCUUUGUUGGAUCUUGUCAAUUGUGUGUCUUUUUGGUUGUGCAGCCAUUUUAAAAACUGCGCUGAGUCACAAAGUGUUUGUAAUUAAAAAAUCAAACAAAGCCUCUUCAUUUAGAUCCUAACUGUAAAUAUCCCUUUUCUCUUUCCCCCUCUAAACUCUUCCUUUUUUGCCCUCCCUGUGUGUGUGUGUGUGUGUGUUGUACAACUGUCAUGUCUUGUAUUCGCUACAAGUUCAAAACGGCACUGGAAUAUGACAAGGUCACAUUCGACGGCCUUCAGAUAUCUGUCUCUGAUCUCCGCGAGAAGAUAAUGUCAUUGAAAAAGAUGAACCUGAGCGAUAACCUCACCCUGGACAUCAUGGAUGCCCAGACAAAGAAAAUUUAUUCUGAUGACAAUGCAAUGAUACCUAGGAACUCAACCAUUGUUGUCAUGAGAGUGCCCAAACCUCAGAAACAAACAAAGCCAACAUCAUCACAAAUGAAGAAUCACAGUUUCCCUCAGGACAAGUCUCUUCUUUCCGCUGAUGAGUUGAAACAAACACCUGAUCUUGCUGGAGCUAAUGCUUCCGAAGAAGAUAAGGUUAGAGCGAUGAUGAGUCAAGCAGGAGAAGACUAUAAUCCAACGACCUAUGCUAAGUUCAAGUCUAGGCCAGCAGCUGCUAAUAUGAAGGCCCCGCCUCCUAAUUAUGUUUGUCACAGGUGUAAUCAGAAAGGGCAUUUGAUAAAAUAUUGUCCCACAAAUGGAGAUCCAAAUUAUGAUAAUCCAAGACUAAAGCGUUCGUCUGGCAUACCAAACUCUCACGUGUCCAUAGUCUCGUCGUCCGAUGUCCCUGGGGCAAUGCUUGACCGCUUUGGUAACGUGGUCGUACGUAAAAUUGACCUGGCAGCCGCUGCUUCAGAGCGUAAGGCUCCAGCACCUGUUCCUGAGAUUAAAGAGGAGGCAGUACCUCCUGAGCUGACCUGCUCCAUUUGUAAGGAGCUUGUACAAGAUGCAGUAAUUAUUAACUGCUGCUUUGAAAGUUUCUGCGAUCCCUGUAUUAGGAAUUAUCUGUUGGAAAAUGAUUUCACUUGUUUUGCUUGUAAGGAGUCAGACGUGUCACCAGAGACAUUACUGCCUAAUAAAUCAUUGAGAGCUGCUGCUAAAAAGUUUCAGAGUCGCCAGGCAGCAAAGAAAGGGAUUGCAUUGGCACGUGGUCUCCCAUCCUCUUCUGUGACGACCACUUCAGUCUCUUCUGCUCCAGCUCCUACUUCUGUUGUCAUAUCAAGCAAUGAUUCUGCUCCUCUUGUAGUUCCCUCGUCAGCUUUACCCCUUGCACCCUCUCUCCCUCUCUCUGCCAUCUUGUCUGAUGACUCUGCUCUUGUCACGUCUACUGGUCUUACCAUUAAUCUUCCUUUAUCAUCGGACGACUCUACUUCAGUCUCUACUGUACAAACCUCAACUGCUUCACAGUCUACUACUGUAUCCUCUUCGUCUCAGGAGGAGUCUAGCAAUGGCAGUAACAUUGACUCGUCUCAAAAAUUGUCCCUUUCUCAGUCUUCAAAUUCUUCUACAGUUGAGCAGGAUAAUAAUCCUAAGACAGUCUCUGCUGCUACUAAUGGAGGUGAAGCAGCUGCUGCUACUGCUACUGGUGGAGGGAGAGAUGAAGAGGACAGGACCCCACCAGCUGUUAGUACCUCAAGGGACAGAACACCAUCACCUUCUGCUGGUCUGCUUGGCUCUGCACCUUCAACAUUAUCAUCACAACCUUUGCUAACAACAGCAGACUCACUAAUAGUUUCUCCUCCUAAGCCACUCAUCACAGCUCCUAUAGUAUUACCCCCACCAGCUCUUCACAGAUUCCCUCCUGCCCAUACCCAGCCACCAGUCCUUAUACCAACCUUUUCAGUUGUUCCAGCAGCUGGUCCUGUACUACCUCCUGUAGUAGCAGUCAACCCAUUUCUGGCUGCAUCAAGACCAAAUACUGAUCCUUCAUCAAUGAUGAGACUCACCGAAUUAUUAGCAGCUGCUGAUAAAAGGAAUGCUUCUCCUCCUCCUCUUUCAGCGGAAGAGUUCUACCUGCAGCAGAAAAUGUUUCAGAACAUUGCUGGUGGCAACAGAUCAAGAACUCCGUCUUAUUCUUCAAGAUCUCAAACACCUUACAGUUCUCACUCUUACUCGUCUCGUUCCCCUUCUCCCGUAUAUGGUCGUAGCCGCUCCCCUUACUCUCGAACGAGUGGGAGUGGCAGUAAGAGCCACAAGAGACACCAUCACAGACACAGGUCGUCCGAGGGAAAGGGAAAAAGGAAAAGGAAAGAGGAAGACGAGGGACUCCUCGAGAAACCUUCAAAAACCCACAAGCACAAACACCAUCAUAAGAAGAAGAAAAGAAAGCACAGUCAUUCAUCUCCCCUGCCUCCACCUAAGGAGAAUGUAGGUGUGGCUGAGGGAGUGGCCAAAGAUGGGAUAUUAGAUACUCCAGUUCCAUCAAUAGUAGUCAAUGGUGAUGGUAGUGAAGUACUAGAGUCACAGGAAAGUAUUAAAAGCUCUAAGAGUCCUCAAGCUGUGCCUACUGAUGGAUCAGAUAUGAAGACUGCCGGUCUACUGGUUUCCAAGGAAACAGACCAUGCCUCCUCUCCGUCUGUAUCAGGAGGGGUAGAAGGAACGGAGGACCCCGUCAUUAAGUUAAAGAAGAAAAAGAGACACAAAGAGAAGAGAGGAGAUGUCGAUGAUCUUCGAUCAACGCUUAGUACAUCUUCUUCAGCUAAGACUCAUCGCCAUCACCACAAGAGGCACAAGCAUCAUUCAGGAGAACUAGUCAGUACCAGCAGCAAGCAUCAUGUCACUACUAGCACUACAACUGGUAGCAGCAGCUCGCAUAGGAAGAAAUUGAAGAAAUCAUCACAUUGAUGUACUUUAUUUAUUAUUCAUUAUUAUUAUUAUUAUUAUCAUUGGAUUUAUUAUGACCAAAUGCAUCUAAAUUAUUAUUACUUUGUACAAAAUUAUUGUUAUUAAAUAAUUUAUUGAUUCUAA